CUGCGCAAAUAUGGCCGUCGCCUGAAAAUUAUGUGAGAAAAGAUAAGCGCCGUGUUUGCCAUUUGUGUUUAAACCUACAAAACAUAUACAAGCGUGCACGCAAAACGUAUACAAAUCUUUUUGUGUAUGUGUUAUUAAGAAAAAGAAAAUAAUAUAUAUAAAUAUAUAUUGUUUAUGAUAUAUAAUGAGAUAGUGUUUGAGCGCGCGAGUUAAACGAAUAGCGAAUUAAACGUGCGUGAAAGAGAGCGCGAUACGAGUCGUGUGAUGGCGUCGCGCAGACGCCCCGAUUUGAAUCCAAAACUGCACAUGGACAGACAGCCAACAGCUGCACGCAUAACAGAUCCAUCUUUACCUGCUGGAAAGCGUCGCGAAAUCGACAACGUUAUGAAGAAGGCACGUGCCAACACCACCAACGAUUACUGGGACAAGAAACUCAUCGAAGCCGAGGAGAAAGAUCCAAAUCGUUGGCGCCACACCGGCUACAAGAAAAUGUACAUUCAAGGCGAGAGCAGCUCUGGAGAAAGUGAACGCGAUACAGCCCAACCUGGUGGCUAUUCGCGUUACCCAGGCGUGCCGCCGAACUCCGCGCCACCGCCAUCCUCGUCGUCCACGCGCUACGGACGCUCGCGAUCACCGCACUCACGGAGUCGGUCGCGUUUGCGCAAAUCGCCGCCGCUUUCGCCGCCGCCGCCAUCGCAUUCACGUCGCCGCUCACCGCCACCGCAGUUCAUGGAUCGCCGGCCGGUAAUGUCGCCACCAUCGCCACAUCACAACAACGGACCGCCUCCAAUGCGUGGCCGUCCACGUUCGCCUCCCAUGCCGCCGCGCAGCAUGCCCCGAUCCCCGAACAAUCAUCACAGUGGCAACAGCGACAUGCUCCGACGACCGGGCAACGGUCAUGGCCGUCCGCGAUCGCCGCCGGAACCGGCAACCGGCUCAUCCUCAUCUCAGAUGCGCCGUAAGCCGACAAACGCGUCGCGUUCACCGCUAGGCCGGCGCCGUUCGCCGCCGCUGCCGCCUCCAUCGUCGUCGUCGGGAAUGGAGAAACGUGGAAUGGGCCCAGCGCACAUUCUGCCACGGUCCAAGCGCCCACCAUCACCGCCCCCAAGGCAUUCAAUGCGGUCACGCUCGAACAGCUCCAUGAGCAGCAGCUCGGAUGAUUCCUGUUCACUGUGCUCGCCCAGUCAUCGUCACAGAUCUCGCUCUCGUGGUCCGCGUUCGCCGCCGCCCAAGCCGCGUGGCCAUUAUCGUGGCGCCGGGGCGCCACCGCCGUUACCACCGCCAGAGUCGCAUGGCCGCUUGCACGGUCGCCCGACAACUCCGCCGCCGGUGCGCGGAGGUGGCGGUGGCAUCGAUAAGUAUCGCGAGGCCAAAAUGCGUCACAUAAGUCACGAGCGCGGCACAUCGUCGGAUGUGCAUAUGAAAGUCGGUCGCGCGUCGCGUCAUUCACCGCCGCCAGAGGAUCCGCGACUAAAGCAUCGGCCGCCAGAGCCACCAGAGCCAGCUGCACCUGCCGCAGCAGCAGUACCGCAGGCCAAAAAGAAAAAGAAGGAGAAAGAGCUGCGCACACGUGUCAAAAUCGAAGGUGAAAAACGGAAAAAGCAAACAAGUGCGACGGUUGCAACAAGCGCUAGCGCCAGUGGCAACAAUGCCAACUCGUCAUCGGAUUCGGAUGAUUCGGGCGGUUCCGAUAGCGAUGAUGCGAGCCCAGCAUUGCCAUCAUUUUCGGCGACCACGCGUCUAACGCUAUCCGAGCGAUUCGGCAAAAUGGCUCAAUGGAGCAUCGAUCGCAGCAAUAUGGAGAAUAUGCGCAUCACCAAAGACUCGGCGGGUGGUGCGCUCAAAGUGAUGAUCGAAGAGGGUAUGGAAUCGCCGCCGCGUCGUUAUUCGUACUCACCGGCACCGGCUGGUCACUUUCCCGAGGAGUUGGCCACCACAGCACCGUCGGGUAUGCUGUCGUGGGAUGAUGUGCGCGUUCGUUACGAGUACUACAAGAGUCGCGGUUAUUUGAGGGACUUGGAUCUGAAGGAUUACAUCAAAUGGGAGGAAUGGUGGUAUAAAUAUCAGGAGUGGUUAAAACAGGAACGCUAUUACGAGUACUGGGAUCGCAGCCAACAGCUGCGACGUCGGCGCAAGAAGCUGCCAGUUACUCAGCGUUUAAAUUAAAUGAUUGCACAUUAUCUCUCUUUAAGUCCAUACGCUUUCAACCCCUCAUAAAGUUUCCCUCCUGAUCCUUCCUUUCAUCCUGUCUUUUCUUCCGUUUGUGUUUUUUGAUCAUUUCCAGACUUCAUCUUAAUUUCUUUUUGUACAUUUAGAAUGUAUAAAAACGCAUUUUGUAUUUAAUAACUAAUUUAUAUAUAUGUUAUGUAUAUAUGCAUCAAUCAUUGACAAAUGUGGAGAUGUACUUGAUCACUAUAUAUAUAUAAUAAUAUAUAAAGCUUGUUAUAUAUUUCAAAAUAUAACGCAGAACAUUGUAUGUCUGUUAUUUGGUCUGUGUAUGUUAUUUUUUCCAGGCAUUCAAGAUACAUUUGUAAACACAUUAAAUACCAUACAUACAAAUCAAUAAAUUAGAAAUAAAUAUAAA